CUUGGGUAUCGUAUUUUUGCCAGGUGUGCGUAAACCCAGCUGCGUUUGGGAAGGACAGAAGACGCUGAAGCUGAACUUGGAAGAAAAACCCUCAGCUUUCGGGGGCUUCUUUGGAUUGAGAGGUGGAGGUAAAUUCCCCACCCGCCCAAUUGCAUCUCGGCCAAGUUGGAAAACGCGGCCAAGGAGAGCUUUUGACAGAAGAUUGGAACCCUUUCUCCUCCAGGUUUUAUCAUCUCUCCCCUCCCUCUCCGGUUUAUCUGUGACCCCCUUCGCCUAUGAUCUAGGUAGUGGUGUGUGUGGGGGGUCCCACUCCCAAACUCCCUCUAGCAGGCGAUGAAGCACAGGCGCCCCCUGCAGCUGGGGGGAAUCCAGAGCACCCUUUUGGAAAGCCUCGCUUUGAAACCUACCAGAAGCGCUCGGAGAGCCUGAAGGCGCGGUUGAUCUUGACCAGCCGCCACCGCUCCCUUUCCAAUUGUUCUCCCGCCGUCGCUAGCGCGGCCGGGCGUCCUUCGGACAGCGGGGGCAAAGGAAACCAGACGCCUCUGCAACAGUCGCCUCCAAGGGGCAAACUGAGCUCUCGGUGACCAUGUGGCGCUUCCGGCAUCAGCCUUCACAUCUCGGGUCCAUGUGACACAAGUGCCGUUUGGGACAGUUUCAGAGUCCAACGCACCCUUCACUGAACAGUUUGAUGGAGAAUCGGGCGGAUGACAGCAGGAACUGUUGUGAUCACUGGCGGAAUACUAGCAACAGUUAUCUUGCUGUGUAUUAUUGCUGUUCUCUGUUAUUGUAGGUUACAGUAUUAUUGCUGCAAGAAAGAUGAUUCUGAUGAAGAGGAAGAGGAGGAGGAAGAGGAGGAAGAGGAGGCUGACUUGCCCCCUCACUCCCACUAUGCCAUGUGCAACGCUUGCAACUCUCGUAUCAUGGACGGGCACGGCAACUUCUCCUUUCCACCCCAUGAGCUUAACAAGCAGGGCCAUCGGAACUAUUGCCCAACCUGUUCCCCCUACAGCUCUCCCUUUUACAUACGGACCGCUGAUAUGGUGCGCAAUGGAGGCGAGAGGAUCACCUACACACCCACGUGCUGCAAGGAAAUGGGGCUGCCCAUCAAAAUGGCGACCCUCCAGAGUUACCCGGUGACCCAUCACUGUAUCAUCCACGAGACCUUUCCAAACCCGAGGGCUUUUAGUACAGAAGUAUGAUCACUGUUUCUCACAGGGUGCUUCCGUGGGAUCCCCUCGAGGUGACGGGGAUUUUCAGUUUUGUGGGUUUGCGAUGGAAACCUUCCAACGAAAAUGAAAUGUGAGUCUGAGACCUGACAUUGCUCCUGUUGAGGAAGGUUCUUCCUGAAGGAAAAGAAAGGAACUUGGUAACCAGAAGGCUGAACUUGGUUGUUUUGGAGUUGGCAACCGCUGUUGCUGUAUCCACUUAAGGGUCUUGUCUAAGGAGGGCUAUGUACAGUACAAGCUGACUUGUAUUUAAAGACUCUUGCAAACUAGCUCCCCUUCCCCAGCAUCUUUGGUGUCUACACUUGGCAAACCCUUCUCGUCACUCUCUCCAAAGCAAUACCCACUGACCUCCCAUGACGGGUAAUGUGAGUUCACACUAAAGUCGGUCAACACACAGUCUCUUGGGACCUGCUAUUCUUGGUGAUGAUGAUGGCGUUUGCCAGAAGAAUGGCGAAAGCCCUGCUAAACUCACUUCUAGCACUUUUAUUCAUUGGAAAGUGGACGGAGGGUGGGUGGGGGAACAGGAAGGGAAUGGUCCUGUAGUAUAAGAAUUGCAAUGGAAUACUCUCAUCUGUUUUAGAAUGUAAAAUAGGGCAGCCAUUCUCUGCUUAUUCCACACACGUGCACACUGGCAUGCACUUGCGAGCACACACGCAAAUGAAGAUAUGCAAAAGUUAAAGGCCAGGGGAGAAAAGCUGGGAGAUGAGGGACUAGUGGUGUGACAAGCUGGUUCUGAACAGUGACGGCUCUUCCAAUGCAAAAAAAAAAACCAAUCUUCCUUAAGAACAAAGUCUUGCAAUCUUCCUUAAGAACAAAGAAUCUUAAAAUAUAAAAACUGCACCACAACAAAGAGCUGGAGUUUUAUGGGGUUUCUUCCCCCGUCUCCCUUUCCGUCCUGUUCAAAGGCUGCCAAAUGAUAUUACUUCUAAAGAAACUGAGCAAGAUGCUCCUAUAACCGACUUUUAAUUUGCAAGGCUUUAUUUGGAAGGUUUUGCAUGGUAAAGAAUGCCUGAGCAGAAGGGAGUCUUUGUAACGAAAUACUGAGUUUGACUGGUUUAUUCAUUUGUAAGAUACUUAUUGGCAGUUUUUAAAUGAAGAAUUCGGGAUCGGGA